UACACCAUGCUCGAGCUCCUCCCAAAUCCCAGCUCCCCCGGCCCUGGGGCCCCCUGCCACCAGUGGCCAUGGGCCAGGGCCUGCCUGCAGAAGACUGUGGUCAUCCUGUGGCUGCUGCUGUCCAGCACCUCCCUGGCCCCCACAUGGGGUCAGACCAAGAUUCCUCUGGAAACGUAAGCAUCAAGUCCAACCCCCUCUCUUCCUCCCAUGAAAAUUUUCUAUGCUUUUCCCUUUGUGCCCCAGGCAGAUCUCCAUCCUCUCUUCUGCCCUUCUGGGCUCUUCCCUGCCAGCGAUGACUGCCCACUGCCUUGCUGUAAAGACCUUCUCUACCUCAACCUCCUUCUUCCCAUAGUCUCUUCUCGGUUUGGAGUCCUGCCUGCCCCCUCCCUGGAGCCUGAUAGCUUCAAGCAGAAUGAUCUCUAGGGCUCUCUCUCCUUGCUGGCGUGACAGUCUGCAUGUCCAGCGCCUGCAGGGUGGAUGCUCUCUCCAGGGCAUUCACUGUGAUGAGGUUGCUUGGCGGGGGCUACUUUGGUUCUGAAGUUGAUCAUCACGGCUCCCCAUAGGACUUGCUAGGAAAUUUGUAUUUUCACAUUCUGAAAGGGUAAAGCAGUUCUAAACCUUUGGAAUGAUUCAUGCAAAGAGGAGGUAGCUUGUCCAAGGACUAGGUAAAACUGGAUUUCAGUGGCCUCAUUAUCCUUUUCUAUACAUUUCUGCCUCCUCCAGGCCUUAAUUUUAUACCUCACCAUUGAGAACAGCUCCAGAAAGGAAUCUAGUAUCAGCCAUACACACCUUGGUAUAAACUACUGUGCAAAAUCUCCAGGAUGUUUUUCAGUCUUAGGCCCUGGUGCUCCUAGAAAAGAAAUUUCUAAUCCAUCUAGGGAGCAGCACAUUCUAUACUGCAGGUGCUACCUGCUCAGUCCAAAACUAAGAGCAGCCCCUCGAGCCCAGCAAGAUAGCAAGGCUACUGCACAGCCAGCUGCCAACUACAUGUCUUAGCAAAGGAGGCUGGGGGAGCCCAAACAACGCGGUGUUUAGCUUUGGGGAGUGGUGGAUUGGGCGUGUUGCUUUUGAUCUAUGCCUGACAUGGUGCCCAGUGCCUUAGUCUGCACAGCAGUUUAGUGAAGUGGAUAACAUCAUUUCUGUUAUGCAAUUGUGAAAACAGAGGCUCAGGGAGGUCAGAUGACUCCCCCAGAUCACGAGGCAAGUAACAGGCCAGCCUAGCCUUGCUUCACUGGGACACCUGCUGCUGGCCUGUGAAACCAUGUGUUGCUAAAGGAGAUGCUGAGAACAGUCUGCAUCCCAGAGCACAGGCCACCUGAUAGGAGACAGCAAGCUCCAGGAAUGGCUGGGGGCCAGGGACAGAUGGCUGGAAUCCAGAUCUCCGUGCAGGAGGCCUCAGAGCUGCCAUCUGCACAGCAACCUCGGAGCAGGCUGAGACGGCCUGCCCUGCAGUGCCUCCUGCGCCUUCCAUCCUGCCUUCUCCCAGGUCCUGACCCCAGGGCUCCUCCCCCAGUCUUCACACUGUCUCUCCUACUGGAUCCUUCUGCUCAGCCUUCCCCAUCCCUCGGACCCUUCCACGUCUCACGUGCAGCUUCCCACUCAGCCCCUGCUCUCCCAAAUCUGUCCUUGUCAAGGUCACCUGAAACCUCCUGUUGCCCAGCCCAGCAGACAUUCUUGUCUCAUCCCCUGCACCUUUUGCGUUGCAGCUCCCUGACCCCUGAAUCUUUUGUGACCUUGCACUCUCUCCCAGUUUCCUGUGGACUCCUGAGUUCUCGCUGUCUUUUUCAAGUACUCCUUUCCAUCGGCACGGCCCUGAAACUGCUGCUGCCCCAAGUGUUUGUCUGCAUCCACAGAUCUGCUCAUGUGCACACUCUCCUUGAGAGUGCCACUCUGACCCCAGAAAUUCAGCCCCUAGCUAGAUACUCAUGACUUGCAGCCCUCUCUCUACCCGUCAGACUGACAUACCCAAAGCCUACAGACACAUCUUCCUGAACAUCAUGGAAUGUUUUAAAUUCAGGCUUGUGUCGUUCAAAAUAUAUGAUUUGAUGCAUUCUAGAGUUGUGCAGUGCACAUCCUGCCCAAUGGAACUCAGCAGCCCUGUAAUAGGAACCUCACAUUCAACAUCACCCAAGCUACACUCAACACCUUCCACGCCCCUCAAACUACUUUUCCUGAUAGUCUUAAUUCUGUCUGAUAAUAUCACCAUGAGCUCAAUGGCUCAAGCUGGAAACAUGGAAGACAUUUUUGACUCCUCUGAGCAAUUCUGUACUCCGUGCCUAGAAUUCUCUUCCUAAUCUUUCCGAGGGGCUAACUUCUACCAUACUCUGACCUGGAACUCAGACCCCACUUCCCUGAGGAAGCCUUCCCUCACCACCACUAUCCCUCCCUUGGCUUCACCAGCCACUUUCAAGCAUGCAUCAUGCUGCACUGUGGUGUGGUUCCAGGCUGUGCACAAUGCCAGAUACACGAUAAGACCUCAAGAAAUACUGAUAGAGCAACUGGGAGAAUGCUGACCUACACAUGGCCAUGCAGGCACGUUACAGUUGCUCCAUCUGGGGAGCCACAGACAGUAUCCUAUCCACCCAUCCCGGGGCCCCAGGACACCCCAAAACUCUAUGCGCCAACCAUGGGGGAAUUGCAGUGCACUUCUGGGAGCUGGGUGAGAGCUCCAGGGUCCUCACUGGGCUGCCCACACAAGGCUGAGGGGAGGCCUCCACCUGCCCUCCCAGCCAGCCCUGCUCUCAGCUUCUGCAGUGGCCACUUGGAGCCUCCUCCUGCCCCUUCCCAUGCUGUCCCUGGGGUUCAGCAGAAGGCCAGUGGUCCCUGGUGACCCUAAAGAGCGAAACAGUGUGAACAGCUCCUGGAGACUUGUAGCUGUUCCCAGAGAGUUCCUGUUCCCUCCCUGCCUACUCUGCCCACCGUCUCUCUCACUCCUUGCUCCACUCAAAGGCCAGAGUCCUUGGACUCUGAGCUCUGGCCUGGUUCCUGGCUCAUCAGCCCCAUGAUCUCAGCAGGAGACCCAGCUACGGGCUCACUAAACCGCAGUGUGUGGCUACAGUCCCUGGCAGGCUCUCCAACUGCUCCCUGCCAGAACAGUCUGCAGCCAGAACAGAAGGGACAGGAGUGUUCUGUGUGUGCCUCUGGGUAUCUGUGAGUGUGCAUGUAUGUAUGGGUGCCCCUGUGCAUGUGUGGAUUUCUAUAUGUAUCGUAAUGCAUCUCUGCAUGUCUGUGUGUGUGCGCAGUGGGUGCCUGUGUGUAGACUUCCUUUGCACGUGCAUGUAUCUGUGUGCCUCUGUGUGUGUCCCCACCCAUGUCUGCACAUGUUCAUAAGUAUGCUUUCCUCCCUCGAAGGGUGAAACUGUGGGCAGACACCUUUGGCAGGGACUUGUACAACACCGUCACCAAAUACUCGGGCUCCCUCUUGCUGCAGAAGAAAUACAAGGAUGUGGAACCCAGUCUGAAGAUCAAGGAGGUGGAUGGCCUGGAGCUGGUGAGGAAGUUCUCAGAGGACAUGGAGAACAUGCUGAGAAGGAAAGUGAAGGCUGUCAAGAGUCUCGUGGAGGCUGCUGAGGAGGCUGACCUGAAUCAUGAAUUCAAUGCAUCCCUGGUGUUUGACUACUACAACUCAGUCCUGAUCAAUGAGAAAGAUGAGAAAGGCAACUUUGUGGAGCUGGGAGCUGAAUUCAUCCUGGAGCCCAACGCACACUUCAGCAACCUGAGAGUGAACACCUCCAUCAGCAGUGUGCAGCUGCCCACCAAUGUGUACAACAAAGAUCCAGACAUUUUAAAUGGAGUCUACAUGUCUGAGGCAUUGAACCCUGUUUUUGUGGAGAACUUUCAGAGAGACCCUACACUGACCUGGCAAUAUUUUGGCAGCUCAACUGGGUUCUUCAGGAUCUAUCCAGGUAUAAAAUGGACACCUGAUAAGAAUGGAGUCAUUGCCUUUGACUGCCGGAACCGCAGCUGGUACAUACAAGCUGCUACUUCUCCCAAGGAUAUAGUGAUUUUGGUAGACAUGAGUGGCAGCAUGAAGGGGUGGAGAAUGGCUAUUGCCAAGCACACCAUCACUACCAUCUUGGACACCCUGGGAGAGAAUGACUUCGUCAAUAUCAUUGCGUACAAUGACUAUGUCCAUUACAUCGAGCCCUGUUUUAAAGGCAUCCUUGUCCAGGCAGACCGAGACAACCGAGAGCAUUUCAAACAGUUGGUGGAUGAGCUGGUGGUCAAAGGCAUGGGGGUCGUGGACCAAGCCCUGAUUGAGGCCUUCCAGAUCCUGAAGCAGUUCCAAGGGGCUGGGCAAGGAAGUCUCUGCAACCAGGCCAUCAUGCUGAUCACUGACGGGGCAGUGGAGGACUAUGAGCCAGUGUUUGAGAAGUACAACUGGCCAGACCACAAGGUCCGGGUCUUCACUUACCUCAUUGGGAGAGAAGUGACUUUUGCUGACCGCCUCAAGUGGAUUGCCUGCAACAACAAAGGCUACUACACACAGAUCUCCACGCUGGCUGGUGCCCAGGAGAAAGUGAUGGAAUACCUGCACGUGCUCAGCCGGCCCAUGGUCAUCGACCAUGACCACGACGUCAUCUGGACAGAAGCCUACAUGGACAGCAAGCUCCUUACCUCAAAGACACAGAGCUUGAUGCUCCUCACUACCGUGGCCAUGCCUGUCUUCAGCAAAAAGAAUGAAACGCGAUCCCAUGGCAUUCUCCUGGGUGUGGUGGGCUCCGAUGUGACCCUGAGAGAGCUGAUGAAGCUGGCACCCCGCUACAAGCUUGGGGUACAUGGAUAUGCCUUUCUGAACACUAACAAUGGCCACAUCCUCUCACAUCCUGAUCUUCGACCCUUGUACAGAGAGGGGAAGAAACUGAAGCCCAAACCCAACUACAACAGCGUGGACCUCUCUGAAGUGGAGUGGGAAGACCAAGCUGGAGUCCUGAGAACAGCCAUGAUCAAUGGGGAAACAGGUUCUUUCUCUAUGGAUGUGAAGGUUCCUCUGGACAAAGGGAAGCGAGUCCUUUUCCUGACCAAUGACUACUUCUUCACGGACAUCAGUGACACACCUUUCAGCUUGGGCAUGGUGCUGUCCAGGGGCCAUGGGGAGCGCAUCCUUCUGGGAAACACAUCUGUGGAAGAAGGCCUGCACGACUUGCUUCACCCAGAUCUGACCCUGGCCAGUGACUGGAUCUACUGCCUCACAGAUAUUGACCCAGACCACCGGAAGCUCAGCCAGCUGGAGGCCAUGAUCCGCUUCCUAAAAGGGGAGGACCCAGAGCUGGAAUGUGAUGAGGAGCUGGUGCGGGAGGUGCUGUUUGACGCAGUGGUGACUGCCCCCAUGGAAGCCUACUGGACAGCGCUGGCUCUCAAUAUCUCUGAUGAGUCAGAGCAAGGGGUGGACCUGGCAUUCCUGGGCACCCGAGCUGGCCUCCUUCGAAGCAGCUUGUUCGUGGGCUCCGAGAAGGUGUCUGACAGGAAGUUCCUGACACCUGAAGAUGAGGCAAGCAUUUUCACAAUGGACCAUUUCCCUCUGUGGUACCGCCAGGCCUCUGAGCAGCCCCCUGGCAGCUUUGUCUUCAACCUACGCUGGGCAGAUGGACCAGAAGGUGCAGGUGAGCCAGUGGCAGUAACAGCGAGCACAGCAGUAGCCGUGACAGUAGAGGAGAAGAAGACAGCCAUUGCUGCAGCAGUGGGCAUCCAGAUGAAGGGGGAAUUCCUCCAGCGCCAGUUCUGGGCAGCAACGCAGCAGUGCAGCGCCGAGGAUGCCCAGUGCCCACAGAGCUGCAAGGACAGUGAUCUGGACUGCUUCGUCAUUGACAACAAUGGCUUCAUUCUGAUCUCAGAGAGGUCACAGGAGACUGGAAGAUUUCUCGGUGAGGUGGACGGUGCUCUCAUGACUCAGCUGCUCAGCAUGGGGGUAUUCAGCCAAGUGAUCGUGUACGACUACCAGGCCAUGUGCAAAGCCCUGGAUCACCACCCCAGCUCUGCCCAGCCCCUGGUCAGCCCCGUCUCAGCCUUCCUGACGGUGACCAGGUGGCUGGUGAAGGAGCUCUUGCUGUGAGUGGGGGCUGAGGGGGAAACUGAGGGAGGAGGCCGUGCCGGUGUAUGGCUUGUGAAGGAGCCCUUUGAGCAGGAGGAUGCCUGAGACUUCUGAACCCCACAUCUGCUCCCCACCCCAGACCCCAGGGGAGGAGGGCAGGGCCCUGAGGGCGUAGUGUCUCCUCCCUCCUCCCUGCCCACUACUUCUAGGAGGGCCUAGGCAGAACCAGGGUGUUUUGGAGGGGAGGAGAUGGAGGAACUGGGGUCCCGGGGCUCUCGGGCCCAGGUGGGGAGGGCGUAUGGGUGCCGGAGACUCAGUUGUGUAUCUAGCAGGUUCCUGCUGGAAUGGAGUGCCUGGGGCUCCUGGCAUGACAGAGGGGCUGAGGCCCACAAGCACAAGAAGCAGGACCUGCUGCACCCCUGCGACACUGAAUACCCUGUGUUUGUGCACCAGACUGCCAUCCAGGAGACCGACGGGGCCAUUGCGUGUGGGCCCUGCCAGAAGAUGUUUGUGAUGCAACAGAUUCCCAGCAGCAACCUCCUCCUGUUGGUGACAGACUCCACCUGUGACUGCAGUGUCUUCCCACCAGUCCUGCAGGAGGCGACAGAAGUCAAAUAUAUCCUUACUGUCCUCCAAGGGGGAGGCUGCAGACUCUGGGAGGAGGCUCCUGUUUAGAGUGCUGAGCCAGCCUCCCUGACAGAACAUUUGUUCUCCACCCCCUCCCUGAACCCCUGGGGUGCUGCCUCCUGCCCCUGAAACUGCUCGUUAAGCAGCUUUGGUAGGUUCAUCCGGUCCUGGGUCUCCAGAACCAGCUGGGAUGGAGUGGUGGACCUUGACUAUGAGUUCUGUACAUAAUGCCUCUGUCAAGUGUGACAGGAUGCGGUCCCAGAAGCCCCGCCGGCGACCAGAUUCCUGCCAUGCCUUCCACCCAGAGGUUCGGGGCUGGGUGGGCUGAGAAGUGGAGUCUGGUCUUCAUUCCCAAAUUUGCUAUGCCACUGUGCACCUCCCUGGGAAACAUUAACACACACAUUCGCAUUUAUGUUGUGUGAUGUGGUGAUACAAUAAGAAAUACAUAUUUAGGGCCUGGGAUUUAGCUCAGUGGUGCCACCACCUGCCUCGCAAGCGCAAGGUCCCAAAUUCCAUCCCCAGUACCAAAAAAAGAGAAAUACGUAUUUAGUCUUUGUCCUCCCUCCUGGCACAGAGUGUCUGAAACCCUUGGGACUUCCUGGGUGACACAGCUGAGAGAAACAUCUUUUGUUAUAUUGGGUCUUAGUCCUUGAAUCUUGACUCAGGGCUUUUAAGACCCUUGGAAUGAUAAGAAUGAUUUUUUUUUUUUUGUAUGCCAAUGAGAUGAGUGGCGGCCAGAGCUGCUAGGUAGCUUCAGGAUGGGGGCUGAUCACCUGAGAGAAAAAGGUGUGGCAGAGGGUUGGAACUUCCACCCCCAGCCCCUGACUUCCGGGGAGGGGAAGGGAGCUGGAGCUGGGGUUCAUCACCAGAGCCCCAUGAUUUGAUCAAUCAUGCUGGCAGAAUGAAUCCUCCGUGAACCCCUGAGCAACGGAGUUCAGAGAGGUCCCAACUUGGUAAAAGGGCCCAAGUCCACGCACUGAGAGGGCAGUGUGACAACAAAGGACAUGGAAGCUCUGUGCACCUAGUUCUUCCUGAGUUGUAGCUCUCUCAACUAAGUGGUGCCAGUGAAUAAAGUAGCUUCCUGAGGUCUGUGAGUUAUUCUAACAAGUCCUCAAGCCUGAGCAGAGUGUGAUGGGAACCCUUGAUUUAGAGCCAGUCUGUCGGAAGUGUUGAAGACCCAGAACUCGUGAUGAUGUCCAAGGAGGGGUAGUAUGUGAGACUGAGCCCUUCAACUUGUGGGGUCUGAUGCUAAUUCCAGGCAGAUGGUGUCAGAAUUGAAUUUCAGGAUACCCAGUUGGGGAAUUAGUUGGUAUGAGGAAACGCGUCACGUGUGUGGUCAGAAGUUAUGUUGUAAAAACACAUCAGAGCCUACAUGUCAUUAAAAUAUGUCAACCAGAAUCCAAGGGUACUUCUAUAAAGAACCCCAUUUCCUAAGGUCUGGACCCCAGACUUAAAACACAAUUUCCCUGUAUUGUCCUCAUGCCUGCCACCCUUAGCACUAAUAACCUAUGCACAUGGGAAGAAACUAUUAUGUGGAUGAUAUUAAUAGUGACUGGUACUUAUUGAGCCUCUGAUGUCCAUAGUGCCAGGCCCCAAGCUGGGUCUUUAUGCACAGUAGUCUUUCCUGAGUGUGGUUGCCACAGAUAAUCUGCCUUAGAGAUGCUCUUGGAGAUGAGGACUUCCCAGAAACCAUUCUGAGAGGAAGACCCCACACCCACCCCAAGACUGGAGCAGGCAGAGCGCUCAAGCCCAGCCUACUCUGUGUGUGGCUUCGGUUUCUUCCCCGGGAGGUCUAGGAAAGGUGGAAGCUGCCCUGUCUCCAGGCUGUUGGCCUCCACAUUUCCCAGAGACCCCUGCUGUCCUCACCCCUCUGGCCGGAGGGUGGCCUCCACUGUGGGUGGCACCUCUCACCCCGCUCUGGUUUGCAGGAGACUGCCCAGGACUGUGGUGGUGCCUCGGACACGCCGGCCUCUCUCCUCCUGCUCCUGUUGCCUCUGGGCGCCUGCAUGCUUCUGCCUUAGCUUCUGCCAUAACACCACUCACUGUGACCCCGCUGUGGAAGGGGCUUCUUCCAGAGACAGUUUGGAAAGUCAGCGGGUGGCUCACUGCAGUCAGGUUGUCUCCCAGGCCCGUGCCUCAUCUCAGCCCUGAACUAAUGGUCCCUGCUGGAAGGACCACCGAGUGCCCUUCCUGUGAGGCGGAAGACUGCUGGAAGGAACAAGAAACCAAUGUCCCAGAGACCCUCCAGGGUGCCUGGUUCCAUUCAUCACAAGUCUCCUGUGUCUCCCUUCUCCUCUUUAGGAGUCCACACAAGCUCAACACCAACGAAGAAAAGAAUUUAGUUCACCUUUCUCCAGAUCAGAACCCAUCAAAGGAGAGAGUGAACUGUCACUAAUGAACCAGGCUGGUCUUGAGCAGAACCCAAGGAUGUGGAGAUGCUGAGGAGCAGAAUGAAGCUAAAGGCAGAGGAGACUGGGAUGAAAACAUGCUCUGCCUAAAACAUAAGAGUGCGGCCGUGUGUGUGUGUGUGUGUGUGUGUGUGUGUGUGUGUGUGUGUUUGUGACAGAGAGAGAGACAGAGUCAGAGAGAAGCAAGGGAGUAAAUAGUAAAAGGAAAGAACAAGAAUAGGAUAGGAUAGAAAUAGGUAUUAAAUCCAGAUUGUUACUGCUAAAGAGUCUUCUGAAAAAUUUUUUACAAAGCCCAGCUUAAAGGUAAAUUUAGAAACAGCAGGUUGAUCUCUACAGUUGCUGCAUGGGGCAACAGUGCACCCAGGGGAGGUAACAGGAGUAGCAGCAGCCAAGCGCUAAAGCCAGGUGGAUGCAAGGCGUCCUUCUCGGUGACAUGACAAGGGACAUCUGAGCCCUGACUCCAGCUGGAACUACUAUUAGAGACUAAACACACACACACACACACACACACACACACACCCCUCUCCCAGGAUCCCAACUUCUGGGCUUCCUUCCCUUCAAACCUGGAUCCCAAGAGGCAGUAGACUCCACUGUGAGAGCAACAAUAAGAGCAGAACCAUGUAAAAGUUCCAGAAUGGCCUCUAGUCUUUGAGUUUAGGCAGCCCAGCCCCAGGAUUGGCAUGACCUUCAAGAAUCCUUCUUCCCCCUCACCAGCCCUCAGCCUCCACAUUAGAAGUACUAGCUGUCCAAGAUCCACACAGAAAACAGCCCCAAUUUUCCUCUACAGUGAGCCAACCCUAUAAAACACAUUUAUUAUAUUUGAAAGUUGCCUUACAUUAUAGAUGUUCACCUUACUGUCAUAUAAGCCUCACGACCAUCCUGUGAGGUAGAGAUUGAUCCCCAUACACGACUGAAGAAACUGAAGUUUGAAAAAAUUCACAUGUAACAGGAAAAUAAUAUGCAUUAAAAAUGUUAGCUCAUUUAAUCCUCACAACCCUCUGGAGCCUAUACCAUGACUUGUCCCGUUUUAGAGAUGAGGAAACUGAAGCUUAGAGUUGAAAAUUGGCUCCAAAUUAUUGCAAGAGUAUUGUGAAGACUCAAUGUGAUAUAUUCAUAUAAUGUGCCUAGAACUGCCUAGCACACUGUAAGCACUAAACACACUGCUACUACUAUAAUACCUUGUUUUGUGGAGGUGGAGUCAAAGAAAUUAUAGACGGGAAGCCAGGAACAAUAGGCGAAGUUCAGAGGUGGCCACCGGAGUCCAGUGGGUUAGGAAGCAGCAGAGAGCCCUUUCUCCAGCCGGCUCAGCUGAAGUGGCUCACUUUCCCCUUUUAUGUCAUAAAGACCUGAUUGUGACGGCCAGGGUAGGGUGUGUGUCCUGGUUCCAGCCACUCCUCACUGCAGUGCACUGUCACCUGCCUGUCUUUGGCAUUAAUAAAUGUUCUCACCUCCAACAGCACUUGGUCUCAACUGCUCACCCAAAUGCCACCUACUCACGUCUCUCUAGGAUGAUAGUCCAGUGCUGUCUUGUAAGGUUCCUCCUCACACCCCAACUAAGGAGAGCAUUUUGUGAACAAACUUAACUAUCCCAGCCAUACAAUGAAAAGGUCAAGUGUAGUAAGUGCCAGGCAGCUUUCUCAAGGUCCCGCCACACUGGCAAGAGAGGACUACAAGACCCGGGAAGUCCAUUUCUGAAAACUAACACUGCUCUUCUCUACCUUGCAGAACGGCUAUUCUCUUAAAGGUUUGCCUCUGAAGCAUCGCACGUUUGGAUGACCGAGAGCUCGAGAAUGACAUCAGAUCCUUCCUCAGAACCAGAGACACACGUAACUACUAAAUCCACUUAAUAAAUGUAGCCAUAAACAACAAACAGUUGUUUGGUAGAGCGAUCAAGGCAAGCGUUGCUAUUGACAAUGGGAGAGCAGCUGAAUUCAUCCAAAGGCGAAGCUACUUUGAUAAAUCGAAGUGUUAUGAAUGUGGGGAAAGUGGACACUUAAGUUAUGCCUGUCCAAAAAAACAUGCUCGGUGAACGUGAGCCUCCAAAGAAGAAAGAAAAGAAGAAGAUAAAGAACAUUGCCGAACCGGAAGAAAUUGAGGAUGUAGCAGAAAGUGAAGACCCCGCUCUCCACAAUCUCAGCCAAGCCAUAGCGUCCCAGCAAGCCAAGAUUGAAGAACAGAACAAAUGGAAACCCAGUGCAGGGGCCCCUCAACGUCAGAGGAUUCCCGGCGCCCGAGGAUAAAGAGCACAUACUUCAGUGAUGAGGAAGAAUUUAGUGAUUAGAGUUGUAUAAUGUAAAUGUCAGGAAAAUAAAAACCAUCCGCAGUAAAACUAUUUGCAUAUAAGAAUACUUACGACCAAAUAGUAAUUUUUUACCAUGAAACAGUGCUUAGAAGAUGAAAAAUAAUUUUUUUAAUUAUCAUGUUUUGACCUGGGUGCGAUGACAUACUCCUGUAAUCCCAGCAUUCUGGGAGGCUGAGGCAGGAGGACUGAAGGUUCAAGUCCAGCCUAGGCAACUUAGCUAGUUAGCCAGGCCCUGCCUCAAAAUAAAAGAUAAUUUUAAAAGUUACACUGAGGACAUAGCUCAGUGUGAAGACCCUAGGUUCAAUUUCCCAUACAGAAAAAAGAUCAUAUUUGUACCUUGGCUUGCCAUACUAUAGACUUAACAUCUCUAAACCAAAAAUCCAGAAUGCUCAAGUGGAAAAUUCCACACCAUGCAACCAUGAUUCAUGGGCAACAUUAUGAAAACUACUGUAUCCAACUGCCUUCAGGUUAUGCAUGGAAGGCAUUUAUAAAGCAUAAGUGAAAUUCUUGCUUAGACUGAGGUUCCAUCCAAAACAUAUCACGUUCUGUAUAUGUACAUAUUCCAAAAUACUUGUGGUACCAAUGUUUUUUGUUUGGUUUGGUUAUGAGGCAGGGUCUUCCUAUGUAGUUCAGGCUGGCCUUGAACUUGCUACGUAGUAACCUAGGCUAGCCUCAAACUUAAGGCGAUCCUUCUGCUUCAGCCUCCAAAGUGCUGGGAUUAGAAGGAGAGUACCACUGCACGUGGCUGGUCCCAAGUAUUUGGGAUAAGGGAUACUCUGCCUGUACUAAAACUCAGGAUUUGUUAGUAAUAAUCAAACUUGAAAAGAACUAAUUUUAAUAAAAACAAAACAAAUACUACAAUGGUACUAUUUUUAAUAUCAUAAAAAGGUAGGUAUUAAAAUGAUUUGAAAACUUUACUGUAAAUGCUUUAGUCAUGUCUCACUGGUUUGUAAGUACUUCUGAAAUAAAUUCAAUCUUUAAAACAAAAACUUCAUAUGAACUGAAAAAAUAAGGGGUUUAAUAGUCCUGUUAAUAAACUUCAAAAAGAUGUAAAUAUGGGUGCUUCAUCAUCAUCUUUUAGCUUUCUCCCAGUCUACAUGCAGUUAUAAAUAUCCAUAAAAUAGCCAGCGUGGGGAUGCACAUCUGUAAUCCCAGCACUGGGAGGCUGAGACAGGAGGGUGCCAUGAAUUCCAGGCCAGCUUGGCCUACACAUAGAGAUCAAGGCCAGCCUGAAUUACAAAGCAAAACCCUGCCUCAAAAAAA